AUGGUCGGCGCCGUGGUAUACCCCAUAACGGGCACGGCCGACCUGUCGAGGGUCGAGGCGCCCGUGACCCUCAAGGCCUACCUUCUCUGUGCCUUCGCCGCGUUCGGCGGAAUCUUCUUCGGCUAUGACACGGGUUGGAUGUCGGGCGUGCUCGGGAUGCCCUUCUUCAUCACCCAGUACACCGGCCUGCAGUACGACUACGCAGCCGGGGCGCCGAUUGGCGUCGACCCGACCGACUUCGCGCUGCCGUCGUCGACCAAGUCGCUCAUGACCUCGAUCCUAUCCUGCGGCACCUUCUUCGGCUCUCUCAUCGCCGGGGACCUGGCCGACUUCAUCGGCCGCCGGCCUACCAUAAUCAUCGGCUGUACCGUCUUCGCUAUCGGCUGUGUCCUCGAGAUCGCAUCGACAAACCAGGUCGCCCUCUUCGUGAUGGGCCGUCUCGUCUCGGGGCUGGGCGUGGGCUUCAUCUCCGCCACGAUCCUGCUGUACAUGGCCGAGGUCGCUCCCCGGAGGGUUCGUGGCGCCCUGGUGUCGGGCUACCAGUUCUGCAUCACGCUCGGGAUCCUGCUCGCAAACUGCGUCGUCUAUGCGACCUCGACUCGCGACGACACGGGUUCGUACCGCAUCCCCGUGGGCGUCCAGUUCCUGUGGGCCUUGAUCCUGGGUAUCGGCCUGUUUAUUUUGCCCGAGUCUCCCCGUUUCCAUGUCAUGAAAGGCAUGAUCAAUGCUGCCGCCAAGGACCUGUCGCUCGUGCGAGGGCAGCCGAUCGACUCGGACUACAUCCGAGACGAACUGGCCGAGAUCGUGGCCAACCAUGAGUACGAAAUGCAGAUCAUCCCGCAGACGAGCUACAUCGGAUCGUGGAUGGCCUGCUUCCAGGGGUCACUGCUCAGGGGGAACGGCAAUCUGCGGCGCACGAUCCUCGGGGCGGGCCUGCAGAUGGCAGGCAUUAACUUCAUCUUUUACUUUGGCACGACAUUCUUCCAGCAGCUCGGCACGAUCCACAACCCGUUCCUGAUCUCGCUCGUCACGACGCUGGUCAACGUGCUCUCCACGCCGGUGUCAUUCUGGGCCAUCGAGCACAUCGGCCGCCGGCCGCUGCUGAUCUGGGGCGGGGUCGGCAUGGUGGUCUCCCAGUUCAUCGUGGCGGGCGUGGGCGUAACGGCGGGGCGGGUCGAGGAGCACGACGACGCGGCGGUGCGGGCCAUGAUCGCCUUCAUCUGCAUCUACAUCUUCUUCUUCGCGGCCACGUGGGGCCCCGUGCCCUGGGUCGUGGUCGGCGAGUGCUUCCCGCUGCCGAUCCGGUCGCGCGGCGUGGGCAUCUCGACGGCGUCCAACUGGUUCUGGAACUGCAUCAUCGCAGUGAUCGCGCCCUACCUCGUGGGCAAGGGCCCCGGGUCGGCGGACCUCGGGCCCCGGGUGUUCUUCAUCUGGGGCUCGCUGUGCGUGCUGUCGCUGGCCUUCGCCUACUUCCUCGUGCCCGAGAUGAAGGGCCUCACGCUGGAGCAGAUCGACAACAUGAUGGAGGAGACGACGCCGCGGCGGUCGGGCAAGUGGAAGCCGACCACCACGUUUGCGGCGCAGAUGGGACGGGUCCGGACGGACAGCCCGAGGGAUGAGAAGUCGGCGGUAUUUGGGGCGGGUGGAACGAGGUAGUUAGCUUUUUUGUCGCUCGCGGUUCGGCGGCGUUCUGGCGCUGGGGAAGCUCAUCUUGCUUUGCUUCGACCCAAAGGUUUCUUUCUUCUUGAUGAAUGCAAUACAAUUCGC